AUUUCUCUGGUAUAUCUGUAUCGUAGGGUAGAGACAAUGAUACCAAAGCAAACUCAUAAAUCCUUUUUUUUUUGGGUAAGGAACUCGUAAAUCCUAUAAUGGUAAGAAGAAGAAGGGAAAAGGUAGACUAGAAAGCAACGUAUUAAAAUAAUGAUGGAAAUAUUGCGACCUCGCUCAUUCUCCAACUCGGGCUUCUCUCUUCACUUGGGUCUUUCUUUCUCUUUCCACUCGAAAAAAGUCAGCACGCCGUGGAAUAUCAAUGCCGGAGCUGAUCAGGAUUACCUUCAGGCUUCAGAUGGUGAUUUACUAAUUGGUAUGUAGAGGGAUGAUUGCCGUUUAUGAGAGAAUCAUUGAUUUUUAUCUAAGAAUCGAAACUUGCAAGAUUCCGUGAUCGUCUGUUAGAUGUUUAAGGGAAUCGAUUUCUUGGGUUGAUUGUGUUUGAAGGAUCACUCAACCAGAAAGAAAUGAGCUGAAGGUUUGGUUCUGCUUAUGGGUUUUACCUCGUUCUUUACAUCUAUUGGUCUUUUGGAUGAAACAAAGCCGUUUUUGUGGGAGGGCUGGAGUUGAAGCAGCAGUUUUAAUCGAUAAAACAGAUGGAAUUAAUCGAUGAAGAGGCGAACAUCGAAGGCUCAUAUCUUGUUUGAUGCAAUAUUUGUUUGGUGUCGUUGUAGAUUCUCCUAAGCUCACUGUUUAUGCCUUCUCCAGUUUUCAUGUCAGAAAAGAGAAUGCAACCCUCAAGGCUCCUUUUCUGCCUAAUAACCAGCUCCAUGUUUCUUCUGAUGCUUUCCUUUGUCUUUCUAUUUCAAUCUGAUAGUAGUUCAUUAAUACCAGAAUCAGUUUUCAAGCUAAUCCUUCUUAAUAACACGUCAGAGUUCUACAGCCCCAGUAGUGACAGUGAAAUUGACGAUAAACUUCCCACUUCCCUACCUUUGCUUUCUCCAACCAUCAGUGACAAACCCAGGUCAGGAGACCUAGAUAAUGGUUGCCAAGGUCCCAACUCAAACAAUGAAACAGGGGAUUUAGUACAGGGGACUAACAAGGUUUGUGAUGCAACUCAGGCCCUCCUUAGGGUAUUUAUGUAUGACCUGCCUCCUGAAUUUCACUUCGGGUUAUUGGGUUGGAAAGGGAAAGUUGGCCAAAUAUGGCCUGAUGUAAGUGAUCCUAAUCGCAUCCCAUCAUACCCCGGUGGGUUGAAUUUACAACACAGCAUUGAGUAUUGGCUCACACUAGAUCUCCUCUCAUCAAACAUCCCCAGUGUAAUCAGGCCCUGCAGUGCAGUUAGGGUGGUAAAUUCAAGUCAGGCAGAUAUAAUUUUUGUGCCGUUCUUCUCCUCUUUGAGCUACAAUAGAAAUUCCAAGCUACAUGGAAGAGAGAAAGCUAGUAUCAACAGGAUGUUGCAGGAUAAGUUGGUGCAGUUCUUGAUGAGUCAAGAUGAAUGGAAGAGAUCGGGUGGGAAGGAUCAUCUAAUUGUGGCUCACCAUCCAAACAGCAUGAUGGCUGCACGGAGGAAGCUGGGUUCUGCUAUUCUUGUGCUUGCAGAUUUUGGAAGAUACCCAGUUGAGAUUGCAAACAUAGAUAAGGACAUUAUUGCUCCUUACAAGCAUGUGGUGAGGACCAUUUAUGGUGAAUCAGUCCCAUUCGAGAAACGACCAAUUUUGGUGUAUUUCCAAGGAGCAAUUUAUAGGAAAGAUGGUGGGGUCAUUCGGCAAGAACUCUAUUAUCUUCUCAAAGAUGAGAAGGAUGUGCACUUUACAUUUGGUAAUGUGCGUAGUCAUGGGAUUAGUAAAGCUGGCCAAGGGAUGGCCUCAUCUAGAUUCUGUCUGAAUAUUGCUGGAGAUACUCCCUCGUCGAACCGCCUCUUUGAUGCUAUUGCGAGCCACUGUGUACCUGUGAUCAUUAGCGAUAAGAUUGAACUCCCAUUUGAGGAUGUCUUGGACUAUGCAGAAUUCUGUAUCUUUGUACGUGCAUCCGAUGCAGUAAAGAAGGGAUUCCUGCUGAAUCUACUCAGGGGGAUUAAGAAAGACAGGUGGACAACAAUGUGGGAAAAACUGAAGCAAGUUGCACACCAUUUUGAGUAUCAGUAUCCAUCCCAACCAGGUGAUUCUGUGGCGAUGAUUUGGGAGGCUGUCUCGCGUAAGAGAGCUUCCAUUCGAUUUAGAGUUAACAAGAACAACAGGUUCAGCCGAUCUCAGCUGAUCAGGAAGCAUAAAUAGGUUGACAUGCUCAUGUAUUUCUUUUCAACUUCCUUCUUACUAACAUAGAAUUCCUUAUUUGGAAAUCUGUUUGGGUAAUGUGUUCUUGACGGAGGUACAAGUACACUACACUCCUUUGAAAAAAAAAAAUUCAUAAGAGCUUUUUCUGUUUGUCAUUGAUUAAUUCACAAUUAUAAAGCAUAUCUCAGAAGCAUUAGAAGCAA